GUCAUGUCUGCACUGAGGCAGGUUAACGGGUGUGAUCGCAAUCCCAGUUCCUCCGGUUUGUUUUCGAGCUACAACGAAUUGCGAGUCAUUUGCCGGGGCCGUGUGGAGCGGGCUGAGAGAGCACAUUACCUCCGCUCUUUUGUUUCUACACACCACUGAGGUUUCUUUACCGAACAGAAUGGGCCCUGGUUAGAAUCUUCUGGAACCGCAGAGCUUUAAGUUGGUAACGUUAGCCUCCGAAAGCUAAUGCGGGCAGAGGCUACCGGCGGCCCGCUCCCGUGCUCCGUGUCCCGGGGUUAAGCUGACACCGAGCGGCCGGCUUACUGCUAGUGAACUAAGAGGAUAACGACAGUCGGAACUCCUGCAACAAAUAUCCUCCCCCGAUUCUAUUCUGGGAGUGUUCAGCCUAAAAACGCCGCCAAGAUAGCUGGACCGGGCAGGAAACGGCACAACUCGGAACCUGACCCCAGUGAAAGCGGCUGCGCUAGCGGGAGCGAGGUGGGCGACAGCCGACCCAUUAGUGGCAAGUGGCUUAAGAUGGCAAGUAGUGGCACUGCGUCCAGUGAGGCAGGCCGUAGGAGAGCUCAGAGAGGACCUGAUGACUCCACCAGCAACAGCAAGAAGAAACAGAAGGAUCGGGCCAACCAAGAGAGUAGGGAGGCCAAGCGGGCUGCUGCAGUCGCCAACACGGAGGCUAAGAAAGAUGUGUUUCUGGACUGGAAGCAGAAUGCCAACGAGGUGAUAGUCAGGCUGCGAUGUGGAGAGGGAACACUGAAAGUGGAGGAUGUGAACAUUGCCUUCUCAGAUACAGCCUGCCAAGUCCGCUUUCCAGAUGGCCGCGAAUGGAGCUGUCACCUGAACAGUGAGAUCGAGAGCUCCUGCAGUAAAGUGCAAUAUAAGGAAAAAGGCAGCAUCCUGCAGCUCGUCAUGCACAAGAAGAUCCCCUUCAACUCCUGGCCCUCUCUUAUGCAGAGCAACAAAGAGAAUGAACCUGUAAACAUACUGAGUGACGGUGAUCAGUUAUCUACAGAGAAAUCUAGCCUGAGUUCAGAAACGCUCAAAACUCCAGCGCAGCAGAUGCCCUCGCCAUCAGACACGAAGCGCGGUAAACCUGACCGGGGCAUGAAAAGGGGGAUCAAGAACAAACAGGUGGAGAACUCUGAGAGCGCAGGGGUUAAGGUAACUGAGACCAAACCUGGUGCUAAAGGAGACCAGACCCCUGAGCCAAUAGCCAAGCGCACUGUGCGCCCUAUGAAAAACACAAAGGAGCCUGCUGUAGCAUCAGGCCCUGCACGGGAGCCCCUGCACAAACCAGUGGUCAACGGUAAACCCGUCACACCUGUCGGCCGUGGCUCUCCCUCUCCAUCGUCUAGUGCUCGAGACAGCAGGGCAGAACCCCAAGUCGAAGAUCAAGCGUGCCAAGGGCCACCAAAAGAGAAGGGAGAUAAAAAGCUAGAGAAACAUAAACAGGCUGAAGCAAGUAAAAGUAAGCAACAGGUGCCUGAGCCAAGGGUAGAGCCGUGUGAGCCUCCUGCCCCCAGAGUACAAACUCCAACACCCAGGGAGACACACAAGCAAGAGGAGAGCUGCAAAGGAGCGACAGCCCCAGAGGAGAGAAACAGAGAGGAAGGGAGGACUGAUACUGCUGUGCAAAGUCAAGGACAAACAGAGGUCCUGCCCCACCACCAAGGAGCUGCAGGACUUGUUCCAGAAACUACCCCCAAGGGGGAGGAAUCCACACACACGGAGGAGGAGAAGAGAGAUAGAUCCAAGGAGGAGCCAUGUGAGAAGAGUCACGAGGAAGAGGAUGCAGGCCCGGAGCCAAUGGUGAACCUGAAGUUUGUGAAGAAUGACUCAUAUGAGAAAGGAACGGACCUGAUGGUUGUCAAUGUGUACUUGAAGGAAAUCUGCAGGGAGACUUCCAGGGUGCUCUUCAGGGAACAAGACUUCACCCUUAUCUUCCAGACCAGUGAUGCCAAUUUUUUGCGCCUUCAUCCGGAUUGCGGACCAAACACUGUCUUCAAGUGGCAAGUCAAACUCAGGAACCUUAUCCAGCCGGAGCAGUCUAGUUACUCCUUCACGCCAUCCCGCAUAGACAUCAGCCUGAGGAAGAGACACAGCCAGCGCUGGGGGGGGCUGGAGGCUCCAGCUUCACAAGGUGCAGUGGGGGGCGCAAAGGUCGCUGUGCCCUCCGGCCCUUCCUCCCUCGACAAAAGUCAGCCAGGGAGUAGCCAGCAUGCCUUGCCUGCCAAGGAGGAGCCUCGGGCAGGGGAGGAGAAGCCCAAGCCCCCACGGGCUGCAGAGGAUGCUGGUUUGGAUGCUGUGGUCCCUCGCUCCGUCUCUGAUCAUGUUCCCAUCAAGCAAGAGCCAGCUGUUGCCACGCCAAAGCCCACCUGUAUGGUGCAGCCUAUGACCCACGCUCCUCCCACAGGCAGUGAGCGAACUGAGGAAGAGGAAGAGAAGAAAGUGUGUCUCCCUGGCUUCACGGGACUAGUCAACCUCGGCAACACCUGCUUCAUGAACAGCGUGAUCCAGUCUCUUUCCAACACGCGGGAGCUGAGGGACUAUUUCCAUGAUCGGGCAUUUGAAACAGAGAUCAACUGUAAUAACCCACUGGGCACAGGUGGAAGGCUGGCCAUUGGGUUUGCGGUGCUGCUCCGGGCGUUAUGGAAAGGCACUCACCAUGCUUUCCAGCCCUCAAAGUUAAAGGCAAUAGUAGCCAGUAAGGCCAGCCAGUUUACAGGCUAUGCUCAACAUGAUGCCCAGGAAUUUAUGGCCUUCCUGUUGGAUGGGCUGCAUGAGGACCUGAACCGUAUCCAGAACAAACCCUACACGGAAACUGUGGACUCUGACGGCCGCCAGGAUGAGGUUGUAGCAGAAGAAGCAUGGCAAAGGCAUAAGAUGAGGAAUGAUUCCUUCAUUGUUGAUCUGUUCCAAGGCCAGUACAAGUCAAAGCUGGUGUGUCCAGUGUGCUCUAAGGUGUCUAUUACCUUUGACCCCUUCCUGUAUCUGCCUGUGCCCCUACCUCAGAAACAGAAGGUGCUGUCUGUUUUUUAUUUUGCUAAGGAGCCUCACAAGAAACCAGUAAAGUUUUUGGUCAGCGUAAGUAAGGAGAACUCAAGCACAGCAGAAGUGUUGGAGUCAAUUUCUCGGAGUGUGAGGGUCAAACCAGAGAACCUGAGGCUGGCCGAGGUGGUGAAGAAUCGCAUAGGACGGAUCUUCUUGCCAUCUCAUUCCCUUGAUAGGGUCUCAUCCACUGAUAUGCUCUUCUGCUUUGAGAUGCUGUCCAAAGAGCUGAUCAAGGAGAAAGUGGUGGUGCUAAAGGUCCAUCAGAGGCUUCAGGUUCCCAGUAUUCCAAUACCCAAGUGUGCUGCCUGCCAGAAGCCUCCUGUGUCAGACGAUGAGAAGUUGAGGCGCUGUACACGGUGCUACCGUGUUGGCUAUUGCAACCAGAUAUGCCAGAGGACUCACUGGCCCAAUCAUAAGGCGCUUUGCCGACCCAACUCUGAGAACGUAGGGUUGCCGUUUUUGAUCAGCAUUCCUGAAUCCAGGCUGACUUAUGCUCGUCUCACUCAGCUACUGGAAGGCUAUUCCAGGUACUCUGUGAAUGUUUUUCGGCCUCCCCUCCAGUCUGGCCGAACAUCUCCAGAGACUAGCCUUUUCCGUAGUGACCAGCCUCCCUUGACAGGGACUGUUCCUGAAGGAUCGGGACCAGAGGAGGAAGCACUUUCUGCUAGUGGAGCAGAAGACACACAAGCUCAAGCCAGCCUCUCAGGGCCAGAAACUGAGACAGGGCAGGCCUCAGCUAACUCAGCCGGAGACUCAGACACAUUCUCCACACGCACCACGGACUCUGGCUUCUCUGAGCAGGCGUCAAGUUCCCAGGAUCCUUUCAGAGAAAAGGAGACAUCCUGUGAGAAGGCUGUGAAACAAGAAGCUGUUGUCCCUGGAUACCAGCAGCCAUCUGAGUGUAGCUAUGGAAGUGCUUCUCAAUUCUAUAUCUCAUUACUGGACAUCGGUGGCAAAGAACAAAAACUUGAAGACAAAGGUGAUGCAGUGCUGGAGGUCCCUGAAGACUGCACUUUGGAGCUGGUGUGGAAGAAUAAUGAGCGGCUCAAGGAGUAUGUGUUGGUGCGCUCCAAAGAGCUGGAGUUUGAUGAAGACCAGGGUUCUGCCAGUGAGACUGCCAGAGCAGGGCACUUUACUUUAGAGCAAUGCCUCAACCUCUUCACCAAGCCUGAGGUGCUAGCUCCAGAGGAGGCAUGGUAUUGUCCAAAAUGUCAGCAGCACAGGGAGGCCUCCAAACAGCUCCUACUUUGGCGUCUGCCUAAUGUGCUCAUCAUCCAGCUCAAACGCUUCUCCUUCCGCAGCUUCAUCUGGAGGGACAAGAUCAAUGACAUGGUUGACUUUCCUGUGAGGAACUUGGACCUGAGUAAGUUCUGUAUUGGUCAAAAGGAAGAUGUCCAGCAACCCCCCAUUUAUGAUCUUUAUGCUGUAAUAAACCACUAUGGAGGGAUGAUUGGAGGUCACUACACAGCAUAUGCUCGUCUACCUAAUGACAAGAACAGUCAGCGCAGUGAUGUUGGCUGGCGUCUGUUUGAUGACAGCACUGUAACAACGGUAGAAGAGAGCCAGGUGGUGACGCGCUAUGCCUACGUACUGUUCUACCGCCGCAGGAACUCUCCCGUAGAGCGACCACCCCGUCUGCUAGGGCCCCUGGGAGCUGAAUCCCCUGCUGCGGCCGGAGGUGCAGCCAGUCAGGCGUCUCUAAUAUGGCAGGAACUGGAGGAAGAAGAGGAAGGGCAGCGAGGCGCUCCUUCUCGGGGCCUGUUCCGCCCCGGGCUGCGAGGACGAAGAACCAGGACGAGGGUGGAGGAAGAGGAGGAUGGACAUGGAGGGCUAGCUCGGCGGAGACGGGACCGCGUCUCUGAUUAUUCAGAUGACGACCGUGUCAGAUAUUUCAUCUUGGGCACUGUGGCUGCGAUGUUUGCAUUGCUGCUCAACCUCAUCUAUCCUCUGCUGUACAGGUCUCACUGGGCGUAGACUGAAAGCUGUAACCCAGCCCUUAUUCACACAUACUCAGUAAUGAAUCUUAAGGAUAAAAUGCACAGUCUACAAUCCACAUGCACACAAAAGAAUGAAGUUUCUGCCGUUUGCACUUUACAGUAAGAAUUGGUCUGUUACUGUAGCUGGAUCAGUUACAUAUUGUGAAGGUUAGGCUGGUUGUGCUCACCUCUGUGAUGCCUUUAAACCUCCUUCUCAACUCUGGGAUGAGUGGCUGUGCACCCAGUACCAUCUGAGGUGUUGGUCUUUGUGCGUUUAUUUAUUUGAUUUUAAACAUUAAUUAUGUACUGUAUCUUUAGCAUAGCAUGAAUUCUUAAUUCUCCGCAUGAUCUCUCACUUAGUUUACUUUGUUAAAUUGUACCAGUCUAAUGUCUGGAGCAGUGCUAAGCAGUAAUCUGUCAGGUCGCUAAUGUGACAGGUUUGAUAAUCAAAGCCAAAAUGUAGCUAAAAACCAAAACAUGCAAGUUAUGUCAUUAUGUUAGCUUUGGGUUUAAGGUUUGAAUAUAUUACAAUAGCUGUAUUUAAAGGGCUCAUAUCAUGGACAACUGAUUUUUUUAUUUUAUUUUUUUUUUAUUAUAUAGUUUGAUGCAGUAUGUAAACAUAAUAGAACGUGUCGUUCAGGGGUUCCUGACCUUAAUGGAAUGGCUGGUGUUUGGCAGCUACCAGGUGCUGGAUAAGAGACUGAAAAGAGAAGUUGCAAAUGGAGAUCCAGCUCAGUUCAGUGGGUUUAGAUGUAUACUCGCUAUGUUCAGUCUCCAAGACAGUGUAAAUUGAGCUUUGACACUUAAUUUGACAAGACAGCACACAACAGAGUGUCAGUUCCCACUUGCAUAAAGCCAAGCGCAAGGCAUUUGCUACUGUUUUCUUUUUGUUGGCCGCUUCACUUGUAGAUGGGCCAGUCUUAGGGUCUUUCCUUUUUAGAGACCCUGUUUAAAGCCAUUAAUCCAUGAGGGAGGAACUUUAUAUGAUCGAAGAGAGAGACGUUUAACACUGAGCAUGUUUACUUUAAUAAUCCGAUAACUGCAGAAUAUCAGAUUUUGUGAGUAAUCCGAUCAACAAGUUUACAUGCACUUGAGUAAUCAGAUAAUGUGGAAACUCCAGGUUUACAUGAGUCAGGUGGUAAUCAGAUUUCUGCUUUGCAACCAGCCAAUAAAUUUACAGAAGACGAUGUGACGUAAACAUAAUGUAAAACUCGAGAAAUCGGUGGACGAGCAUACAUGCACUGAGAAAUCCAAAGUCCAGGCUCUCUUUAUCAGAUUUCUUAAUCGUAUUUCUAGACCGGAGUAUGGUAUUUAAAUAAACAUUAUGAUCAGAUUUUUGAGUGCAUGUAUACACACUCAUUGACUGAAAAUGUAAUCCUAGCUACUUAGCAUUUGCCAGACCAGUCAACAAGUGCAACAAGAAUAUAUUUUAUUUUUGUACAUAGUUACCACAAUAUUUGUCAUAUUUAAAAAUGAUUGGUUGAACAUCUAUGUGACACUUGUUUGUGGGUAAAAACUAAUGGCCAAAUGCCCCUAGCAGUACCACCGCGGCCCACAGGUUGAAAACCACUGCUUUAGUUCAAACAUUUUUUAAAUAGAAACUAAGCUGCAGUAACAGCCUACUUUGAACGCGUCACCAAAAAACACAUUUUCAUAUGUGCUUCUCUUCAGCCUGCAGCAGUUUAGCUGUAUGUUGAAGAUACUAGGAGUGUUUUUGGUUGUGUUUUGUUUUUUAUGCUUUUUAUAUGAAGCAUAAUACAGAGCUGCAUAAUUCAGAACCAAGCACAUUUGCAUGUGUCAGGCUUAAAGGCUCAGUUACAAACACUUCAGUAACUGUUUUUGGUACUUAAAAACGCACAAAAAAAAUCAACAGACCUCAGAGGAGAAAAAAGCAAGAAAAAUAUAGGAUAGGAGUCCUUCAAGUCCUUUGAUCCAUCUGCUGAUAACUAACAUUAAGUAGAUGAUCGUUUUCAUUAACUGACGUACUGUAAAGUAUGAAGUAGUGUUCCGUAUGAAAGAGAAUUCAUUUUUUUUGUUUACUUUAUGCUUUUGAGAUUAAUCCUAUAAAUAGGCCUUGCAAUCCCUCCAGCGUUAACAAAGACAUAUUCAGUCCAACUUGUUUGCUUGAUUUAAAUGUCAUGUAGUGUUUGGCCUCUGAGUGGCCUUUAAGAAUACCUCUUGGGUUUAAGUGGACUCCUUUGCUGUUAUAAGCAUAUCGUCACUGUCCAAAGAAAAACAAGUAUCUUUAAAUUAGUAACUUGACAGGAGGGGUCAAAAACACUUUUACCUUUUCAGUGUAGGUCAUUGUCAAUGUAGAGAUUUUAUUCCAGAUGAUUUUGGAGCAUUUCUACUGGUCCAUUCAUCAUGAAGUGUUCACACAACGUAAAGAACAGCUGCUUUGUUGAAACAAUGUAUGAAAAUAAAAAUCAACAAAAAUGGAGAUGCAUGGUUUUCUUUGGACAGCGACAGUGUGCUUUUUCUGCUUGUCUUUGUGCAUUUCCCAGAUACAGUUAAUAUCCCCGUACUGUCCAAACCUUAUUGUUGCAAAGCUUGCAACAUGUCCUACUUGCUGAAUGUCUCUUUUUCAGAGAUAAAAAAGCUUAUUGUGUAAUUUUCUAGGUCAGACUAUUGCUUGCCUUCAUUGUGCAUAGGUUCACUAAUGUUUUUAAUAGCUUGUAAAGACACUUUGCAUUCUCAUACUUGAGAAAUUUCAUAAGCAAUGGAUGCAGAGUUUUUAUACAAGGGAAUGUAAUAUUGGCUGGAGUGCUGGAGCCUCAGGGAUAAAAUAGGUGUUUUAUGUUCUGGUUCAUCCACAGGCAAUUUGUCCAUUUAGCCUCCAUGACUGCUUCAACAGAUUUACCACUAAACCUCUUGUUCCGUCGCUGUGAUUUUAUUACGCUAAUGCAUAUUUGCACACACAAUUGAAGUAGAUUGUAAAUGAAACUGCUAUUCUCAUGAUGGGUUAUUCUGAAAAGGAGUACUGAAAGAGAAGAGAAAUAUAAAGCUUGACUUG